CUGAAACUAACUGCACAAGCAUUAGAAGUGACUCGAGUCGCCGACAGAAUGCAGACGCGAAAUGGAUACACAUCAGGACCCGCUCUCCGCCGUCAGCGUCCCGUUUGUGCACCAUUUCUUCACGAGAGGAACGGCUUGGUUGAAAUGAAGACAUCAUUCCGAUUCUGAUUCCAGGGUAAAGACGACGUGAACGGCUGAAAUGAGAGCGUGUCUCAGUUAUGGCUUCUUCUGCCUUUUGUCAGCUUCUAUACUUGGUACGUGCCGAGCCCACUUGAAAUCCGGCUGCAAGAUCGAGGCGCUGCGCACCUGCGGUGAAGAGUUCGUUCCAUAUCUGAAUACUCGGCGCAUGCCGGAGACUCCGCAGGAGCUGGCCACGGAAUGCGAAAAAUACAAGAAGCAGAUCGCGUGCACACUUCAUUUCCACCAUGAGUGCACCAGGGGCCGAAGCCAGUCCGUGGCACUUGCAACUGUAGCUGCACUGGGCGAGAACAUAGAAGCCGUUUGCACUCCGGGUUCUGGACCAAACAAAGCGUAUUUGACGGGAGUCAAAUGCAUGAACCACGCCGGUGACAAACUGCACGCCUGCUUUGAUAACUUGAAAAGCGCUGUGCUGAGAGCUGUGUUCAAGGCUCCAGCGAAAGAAGCAAUCCACUACACUUGCUGUGCGUACCACAAUGUAACAGGAGUGCGUGAGCCAGACCCUGGCGACCUGCCACCACGUCGGCGCCAAGGAGUUCCUGCUCGGCGCCAUGGAGCGAGUGGUGGGAACAGGGCUGCGAGCCGCCUGCGCCGUCCACACCAAAGGCUCGGAUGCCUGCAAGGCACUGAAGCCUUUGCCACAACUGGGCGACAAGGAAGUGGCUGUCGACAGCCUUAUCGAACUUCUAGCCGAAGCAGCAUCGACAAUUGGCCGGAGACCCUAGUUAUUUGUGAACAUUUCGCUUUUUUUAUUUUAAAACACACUGCUUAACUUACUAAACCUUACGAAACUUUUUCUACACGGUGAUGCGUCGCUAGCAUAUUCAUUCGUAAUAUCCACCGUCGGUUUUAAUUUGUCUUGUCUCACAUGCAGGGUGCGAAUAAAGGCAUACUCACUAACGCAGCGUAGAGAGAAUGCCAAGAUGAAAAAAAAAAAAACAACGCCACUUAAUUGUUCAGUUUCUUUUUUUUUCGUACUGCCGUUGGUGUUUAUGUGUACAAAUAAUAAUUCACAUACGUUAGGUGCUACGUAAAUAUUUCAUCGUCAACUA